AUGGAGAAAGCGGUCGGCGCGGCGGUAGCGGCGGCGGUGACGGCGGAGGAGGGAGGCGGUGAGGGCGGCGGCGGCGAGGCCGGCAGCGCCACGGCGGGGCCCGGUCCCCCUGAGGGGCCGAGCGGCCCCGCCGCGCCCCCCUCGCCGUGCGGGCCCGGGGCGGCGGGGCUGGUGCGGGUGUGCGACCUCCUGCUGAAGAAGAAGGCGGCGCCGGGCAAGGCGAAGCGCGGCGGGCGGGCGGCCCGGCCGGCCAGCAGCAGCGAGAGCGGCGGCGGCGGCAGCGAGAGCAGCAACAACGGCAGCGACGACGACGACGAGGAGGAGGAGGAGGAAGACGAGGAGGAGGAGGAGGAGGAGGAGGAAGAGGAGGUCUCCGAGGUUGCUUGCAAAAAUCUGUUCUAGUCUUUCUCCCACUGACUUCAGGAUAAAAUGAUGCAGCUUGUAGAACAUGCACAGCCGAAGCCACUGUUUUUGGGAAUGUGAACGUGGGGAUGGCCUGAUUAAUGGAACAGAGCGUCCAGCUUCAAAGUUGUUCCCAGCAGCUCCUGGGGAGGAAAUGUGUUUUGAGUGUUCUAAGCAAAAGGGAGGUUUCCUUGUUUGAAAGCAACCUCAUGGUUAGUUUUGGCUUAUAGAAACUUAAAAAAAAAAAAUCCUACAGUAGAAACAAAGGGGGUUUUAGUUGU